AUGACGAUUGCCAUCGGGUCCUCAAUCUCAGUGUUUGCCAACUUGGACAACAACAACCAAAAUGAUGGACCGCAGGCAUCGUCAACGGUGUCCCGCGACAUCACCUUUCGCGUGGCUCUUAUGUGCACCAUCGGCGCAGCGGCGGGCGCGGCGUCGUAUCUCCAGAUGCUCUGUUGGGCCGUGUCGGGUGCACGAAUUGCUGCGAGCGUGCAGCAGGCCUACUUUGCCUCCCUCAUUCACAACGGCUUGCCCCCUUCCGCCUCGUCGCCAGAUGGCAUGCCCCAGUCGAGCAAGCUAGAGACCGCCAAAGUUACAGAGGCUCUCUCGACAGAUGCUUCUGCCCUGGAAGACGCUCUCUGCCAAAAGGCCCCCCAGUUUCUCCAUGCUCUCGCUGGCUUCCUCUCGGCCUUUGUCAUUGCCUUCGUUCGCAACUGGAAACUCGCCUUCGUCCUUAGCAGUGUCCUCCCCGCCAUGUUUGUACCCAUCGGUCUCAUGUCACGACUGGUAGCCCGGAACAGCCGCCGCGCAACAGAGCUUAUCGCGGAGGCCCACACCGCAGCUUCUGAUGCUAUCUCGGCCGUGAGGGUUGUGCAGGACAUGCAGGCCGAAGGCCAGAUGACGGCACUGUACAAAAAUAAAUUACAGCAGGCAAGGACACCGAAUCGCAGCCGGGCUUUCUGGCAGGCUAUCAUCCUUGGCUGGGUGUUCUUUGUGCUGUACGUGUCUUACGGCCUGGCCAUGUGGCAAGGCGCAAACCUCUUGAUCUCUGACAGCGUCGAUGUUGGCAUCGUUACCAAUGUGCUGUUUGCCAUCAUCCUGGGUAUCGUGUCGCUGGGGCGCGUCUCCCGUUUGCUCCCUGACCUGGCAGUUGUUGCUUCUAUCGGAGGCGAGCUCUUCCGCGUCAUCGACUCGAACAACACAAACGCUUCAGCGGCCGAUGAAAGGAAGGGAGAGGAGGGGCCUUUGCGGAUGUCUUUGGUUGCACUAUCUUCCGUUGGAGACAUCUCCUUCCGCGAUGUGGCAUUUGCCUUCCCGAGUCGGCCAAGCCAUCGCGUACUCGACGGGAUAGAUCUGGAUAUUCCCUUUGGGCAAACCACCGCAAUUGUCGGCUCAUCUGGUGCCGGCAAGUCCACCUUGGUCAGUCUGCUUCUGGGGCUAAACACACCUCUCUCCGGCCGGGUGUACUUCAGCAAGAGGCCAAUAAGUUGCUACGACCCGAAAAAGCUGCGAAAUAUCAUUGCAUACCUACCACAAGAGCCGAGAUUCUUCACAAUGAGCGUGUACGAAAACGUGAGGUUAGGUCUCAUGGGAACGCCUCUAGAACUGGCCCCUGAAUCUGCUCAGCGCCAAGCUGUGACCGAAGCCUGUGCCGCUGUUGGUCUAAAGACGGUGAUUGAGCGCCUCCCCUGUGGCUACGACACGAUUAUGGGAAUGGACAGCGCAAGCACGGCGAUGAGUGGCGGCGAGAAACAGAGACUUGCCAUCGCGAGAGCACUCGUCCGCAAUCCUUCUCUUCUCAUCCUGGACGAACCCACUUCAGCGCUCGACCGCGAGUCUGAAUUGGUAGUCCAGGAAACAAUCGAUCGGAUAUCGACCGGAAGAUCGGUCAUCAUUAUUGCCCAUAGGUUGAAUACAAUCCAAAAGGCUGACUCGAUCGUGGUACUGGACAAGGGCACAGUGGCUGAGCGCGGAUCUCAUAGAGAUCUGCUGGCCAAAGGGGGCCUAUAUGCCUCACUCCUUCAAGCUCAGGACGGGGUCAAGAAAAAAGGUCCUCAAAGCCGCGGACGAGAGGGCUUCAUCAACCACCCAAACCCCCUUGGAAGCGGUGAGUGCGAUGCAAGCUGGGAUGAUCUAAAAGCAAGCGAGAAGACCAGCAAAGACGGCAUCAGCGAAAAUGGGAGACCAAUCAUGCGGCAGCAAUCCGCCUUCAAAUAUAUUUGGCGCAUCUUACGACUCAACCGACCGGAACUGCUUCUUCUUGUCCUGGGCCACACAGCAUCCGUCAUCUCGGCUGCUACCUACCCCUUUCAAGCCUAUCUCUUUGCGCAGAUGAUCGCUCUCUCCGCGUCGCCAAUCGGUGCCGACUUCCAUGCAUCUGUUGCGCGAUACGCCUUGCUAUUCGCCGCAGUGGCCAUCGCCAAAGGUGCCUCAAGCUUUGCAGCGAGUUGGGCCCUCGGGAUCUGCUGCGACAGGGCAAUUGAGAGAGCGAGAUGUGGCGCGCUCGAGGGAACUCUUCAGAAAAGCGCCGAGUGGUUCCUUGAGGGGAAACACGACACCCCCGGGCUGGUAUUUGCCCUCCUGAAUCAGGGGGCCUCUCUCGCCGGCCUUCAUUCGUCAUCACUGGCCGUUUUUUCGGAGAUAUCUGGGACUCUAACAGCCACCGCCAUAUUCUCCAUUGUCCUUGCGUGGAAGUACGCAUUAGUCCUCCUUUCGGUCGUGCCCCUGGUGUUUGUAUCUGGCUACGCUCGACACAGAAUUUCGGUCUCGCACUCGCAAGCCAUCAUUCGAUCUCAAGCUUAUUCAAGCCAGAUUGCAAACGAAUCUGUCGCUCUGCUCUCCACCGUCCAGUCUUACAAUGCCCAGGAUUAUUUUUGUUCGCGGUACACGGCUUCAAUACGCCAUGCCGCCAGGCUGACACUGCGACACGUCCGACAUCAUGCACUACUCUUUUCACUGACGCAGACAUUUGUAUUCCUCGUCAAUGCUUUCGCCAUCUGGUACGGCACACGCCUGGUCACCACCGAAGGUCUAGGACUAUUCGAGUUCUUUGCCAUCUUCAUCGCCCUGACCUUUGGGGCCCAAGACACGGGGGAGAUGCUCAGCCGCCUCCCAGACCUCACCAAAGCAACCGCCGCAGCAAGGGUACUCUUCGAGGAGCUCGACGCCCAAAACACCGACCAGGACAAAGACAAACACCUCCUCGCCCCCACACCAGGCCCCAUCGACCUGCAAAAUAUCUCUUUUGAGUAUCCACGCUCCUCAGCCUCUAACCAAACCCACCCAGCCGCCCUACACGACAUCACCAUAUCCAUCCCCUCCGGAAAACACGUCGCCCUCGUCGGCCCCUCGGGCAGCGGCAAAUCCACUCUCCUGUCCAUACUCUCCCAUUCACUAACUCCCUCCAGUGGCUCCCUCUUCGUGAGCCACAUCAACACCUCCCUACUCUCCCCUCGCUCCCUCCGCGCCCUUAUUGCCACCGUCCCGCAGGAGCCCACAAUCUUUUCCGGCACCGUGCGCUUCAACCUCGUGAUUGGGAAUCCCCGCGCCACAGAUGCAGAGGUCGCGGACGCCUGUCGGCGGGCAGAAAUUCUCGAGUUUGUUGAGUCCCUUCCUGAGGGCAUGGAUACGGUGCUUUGCGGCGGUGAUGGCGGGGGGGAGGGAAGAGGUGGAAGGCUAUCUGUGGGGCAGAAGCAGCGGCUUGCUAUUGCGCGUGCUUUGGUCAGGAGGCCGGCGGUUCUGUUGAUGGAUGAGCCUACGGCCGCGUUGGAUGCAGGGACUGCGAAAAGGGUGAUGGGGGGGUUAUUGAUGGGUAGGGGGCGAGAGGGGGAAGAUAUGGACAUGAGUGGGGAGGCGGAGGGUAAUAAUAAGGGUAAGGGAAUGACGAUUGUCACGCGGCUAUCACGGGCGUUGCGCUUUGUCGCUAACGCUCUACCCGCGCUCAACGGCGUGCGCGGCGUCGCGUCCUUCAUCGUCAUGAUAUACCACGGCAUGGCUGCAUAUGGCCCCGGCGUCUGGUACGGCUACGGCGUCGAGAACCACCACGGUAUACACCAACUCCCAUUCAUACGGGCUCUCUUCGACGGGUCCUCGAUGGUGUUCCUCUUCUACAUCCUCUCCGGCUUCCUCCUCUCGCUGAAGCCACUGGCGCUCAUCAAGGCCCAACGCUGGGACGAUGCCUUCCACGCUCUUGGCUCGUCCGCCUUUCGCAGGCCGCUGCGGCUUUUCCUCCCUGCGCUGGUCACGACAGCCGCCGUCAUGGUGCUUCAUUGGGCUGGGUUCUUUGAGCAUGUGGCUUCUCUGAGUACACUGCCUGACGGCAGGCGGCUCACGCGGUUUGAGCUGCCGGCGCCGGGAUUUGAGAGCUUCCAAGAUCAACUAGGCGACUGGUGGGCGGAGAGUUUGACUAUGAUGAAUCCUUUCUCAUGGGACCGCCGGUAUAACCCGUAUAAUGCACACCUUUGGACCCUGACAGCCGAGCUGCGCGCUUCGAUGAUUGGGUUUCUCGCGUUGCUGAUCACGGCGAGGCUUACUACGGCUGUACGUGUUGUGCUGAUCUGUGCAACGGCAUUCCUCUUCGCGCAGCACCAACGCUGGGAGGUCGCCACUAUGCUUAGUGGAAUCCUCCUCGCCGAGACGCACUUGUCAGCCCCCAUCAAAGUUGAACCCAGAGCCCACCGCAAUCACAGCCACUGGCGUGCUCUGCUCAUCUUUCUUUUGGGAAUCUACCUACUCUCCUACCCCAAACUGGCCGGAGCCCAAACCCCCGGCUUCCGCGCCCUCACGGCCCUGCUUACACCCCCCAGCCUCGUCCCAAGCAAGUUCUUCAAGUCUGCCGGUGCCUGGCUGGUGCUGUGGUCAGUCACCACGGGCAACUGCCGGCAGGCUACCUGGCUUUUUACGACUCGGCCCAGCCAGUAUAUCGGGCGGGUGUCAACGGGGAUUUAUAUGACACACGGCCCGCUGUUUCAUUCGCUGGGGUUGUUUCUGAUGACCAACACGGGGAGGUAUACGGGGAGGGACACGGCGAUGCAGAAGACGGCGAGUUUUGCUGCGUCCGCGGCGGUGAUGAUUCCGGCGGUGAUGAUUGCCGCGGAGGGGUUUUGUUUCCUGGCGGAGAGGCCGUGUCAGAGGUUUGUUAGGUGGUUGGAGAGGCGGGUGGUGGCUGUGGUCAGGCCCGGGGUGAGGAGGGUGGGGGUGGAAGGAAAAAGGGGGGAUAACCUAAAGGGGGGAGGGGUUGGGAUCCAUGAUGGAAACUGGAAGGAACUGAACUUGAAGAGAUGGACUGAGAAGGCGGAGUAAGAUGACGCAGCCAUACUCCAGACCUUGGUUCAUGUAGUCUUCUUCUCACAGUGCGGUGCUUGAGGACUGAACACAAGCAUGGAGGUCAGGAGGCAGCGCAGAGUAUAGAAGACCGACCUGGAACGCCCGCAUGACACUGGGGAGAGCACAUAGUACACAUGGUUCAAUUUCACAGGCUUCCUAUCUGAGAGGGCUCAGUUCAUCAGAUUCCCGUCGCGAGCGAAAACUGGUCGUCAAAAAGUAGGUGCUUAGAAAAGCCUCCUAAAACAUCAACAUCCCGGUGAAAAUCAGAGAGUAAUUCUCGUUGGAAUCAUCUUGACUUACCUUGGGCCCUUACAGUGAUGAUGUUCGCGAUGUAG